GCCGUAUAAAAACCCCCCUCUCUUGUUGAGCCAUUCAUCCAUCCAUUUCAUUCAUUCAAUUGCCCAUCCUUUCCCUCUUUUUCUCGCCUUCUUUCUUUCUUUCUUUCUCCCAUUCGAUUGAUCGCUCCCCCUCGCCUUCCUCUCUCGCGAUCCGCGAGUUCUUGGGCUGGAUUUCGCAGCGGCAGGGUCUUGAUUCCUCUGUUUCUUUGGCGACAAGGCGAGGAUACGAAGAUUCUCCGCGCCGUCUGCCGAAAUUUCGACCUGCAUUGCGCGAAAUCCAGCGAUCCACCGGGUUUUUCUCUCCCGAUUCGUCUCUCCAGCUCCCAUUCGAUCUCGUCUUUGCCGGAUUCUUGGAUGGAUCGCCCGGCCAGAGUCUUGCUUCUUGUUCUUGCGUGCUGCUGCGCAUCGCUCUUCUUCUCGCUCGCCGCCGCCUCGAGAGCGCUCAAGGAUCAUCGACACCAGGGAUUCAACGCUAGCGCCAGCGCCAGCGGAGCCAUCGAUAAUCCCAGAGGGAAUGGCACACAAAGGAGGGAAGCGUUCUCGCUACUGGGCUGUGGCAGCAGCGGCAAUCCGAUCGACGACUGCUGGCGCUGCGACCCAAACUGGCACAACAACCGCAAGCGCCUGGCCGAAUGCGCGAUUGGAUUCGGCCGCAACGCGAUUGGGGGUAAGAACGGGGAGAUCUACGUCGUCACCGACUCGAGCGACGACGACCCAGUGAACCCCAAGCCCGGCACGCUGCGCUACGGCGUCAUCCAGUCGGAGCCGCUGUGGAUCAUCUUCGAGCGCGACAUGAGCAUCCGGCUGAGCCAGGAGUUGAUCGUCAACAGCUACAAGACGAUCGAUGGGCGAGGCGCCAACGUGGAGAUUGCUCACGGCCCCUGCAUCACGAUCCAGUACGUGUCCCACGUCAUCGUCCACGGCAUCGCGGUCCACGAUUGCAAGCCUGGGGGACCGGCGAUGGUGAGGAGCAGCACGACUCACUUCGGAUGGAGGACGGUGUCGGACGGGGACGGGAUUUCCAUCUUUGGAUCCAACAACAUCUGGGUGGAUCACUGCACGCUCGCACGCUGCACUGAUGGUCUCAUCGACGCCAUCAUGGCUUCCACGGACAUUACCAUUUCAAACAACCAUUUCAGCGACCACGACAAGGUGAUGCUCCUGGGACACAACGACGAUUACACUGCGGACCGGGCAAUGCAAGUGACUGUAGCUUACAAUCACUUUGGACAGGGUUUAGUCGAAAGAAUGCCGAGAUGCCGACACGGAUACUUCCACGUCGUCAACAACGAUUACACCGAGUGGAGGAUGUACGCCAUUGGAGGCAGCGCGAACCCCACGAUUAACGCCGAAGGCAAUAGAUUCUUUGCGGGAUUCAACGAAAACUCGAAAGAGAUAACAAAGCGAGAGUACACGGAGCAAUCCAUAUGGAAGAGCUGGAACUGGAGAUCCGAGGGGAACUUGUUCAUGAAUGGAGCGUACUUCAUCACGUCUGGAGCUGGAUCCGGGUCGGUCUACGGCAAGGCCUCGAGCCUCGCCGCCAAGCCCGCGGCCUACGUUGGUGAGCUAACUCUCUCGGCAGGAGCACUUCUCUGCGGCAUAGGAUUUCCAUGCUGACUUGAGGAUGAUCAUCGCCAUCGCCAGUCGUCAUCAGCAGCUGUACAGCAGUACUCCUAUAGCUCCUCGAUCGGUCUCGCCCUCUUAAUUAGCCACUGCGGACUACGAUUUUUUUGAAGGUCUCAGACGGAAUAAGCGGUGUUCCAUCGCUAGAGGGAUGGUUACACGAUGGAGAGGGAGAGAGAAAGAGAGGAGCUCCAUCUCUCUUUUCCAUCUCCAUGGAAGCAAGAAGAAGAAGGAAAGUCUGGCAACCUCGGCCGGGAAUGGAAGAACACUGGAAAGAGUUCUCCAGCCUUGGCGCGGAAGCGUUGUUUGUUUGCUCUUUCCAUAUGAAACAAAGAAAAGUUUUUAAGUA